GUUAAAUUGAUAAGUAUGCGACUGGUUCUCUGUUAAUAUAGAAAAACUUGGAUUUCAAUGCAUUUUAAUCAAACAAUUGAAUCAGAGAGACCCAAUACUCUUCUCUUGUAGACAUGGACAACCCAACGUCUGCACUAAAUCAUGUUGAAAAUCACAUUUUAAAACCACAAAUCCCAUCCCGUUUCCCAGAUGUGCACCCAUGUUUAGAAUCAACUACUAUUUAUUGGGGCGUCUUCUGGGACAUUGAAAAUGUUCAAGUUGGAAUUGAUAGAACAAACUUCAUGAUUGAAAAAGUCAAGGAGUUCGUUAAGUCAAAGCAAGAUGGCCGAUACGUACAUAAGGACCCGCUAUUUGUAUGUGCAGCUGACUUCAAAAAUCAGAAAGAUUCAUUAGUCAAGGUUUUACAAGAGGCAAAGGUCGAAUUACAUCACGUCCUGAAGGGGAAGGAUUCAGCGGAUAAUGAGAUCAUUGAGUCUUUCGAUAAGUUUAAUUCAUGGCCACCUCAAACAGCUGUUGUAAUAAUUACAAGUGACAAGAGAUUGAUGGAAAAAAUUAAAAACCGUGUAGCAGAUCUAAAAUUUAAGUGUGAUUUGUUUCUAAUUUACAAACAAGAAAGUAUUGAGCUGAAGCAAUAUGUCCAUAAAGAUAAAAGAAUUUCCUUUGAUGAACUCAUGCAGCUCUCUGGCACAAAUAAACGGUACUUUCAGAAGUUUUUUGAGCUGUUAAAGUCGUACUGGAAACAUAUAUGUGAUGUGAAACAACAAAAAAUAUGUUUCAAGGCGCCAGAAAAUGGUCAACAAAUAUGGUUUAAGAGCAUCAAGGGAGGAGAAGUUGUCUUCUACCUAAAUUCUGACCAAAAGAAAAAUGUAAAAAUGAAUUUUACUGUGAGUAAAUCAACAACAGCCCAGGAGAUGAGGAGUUCAUUGACCUUUGCAACAUUAAUUCUGGUUUACAACAAUCAUCUGCUUAAGAAUCUACAACAGAAGACUUACCAUACACCAGCACCAAGUAGGCACCAUUUCUCCCGUCUGCUGUAAGUUGUCGGCC